AUGGCUUUGAAUCCUCACCAGAAGAACAAGGUUGACGUCAGCAACCUCUCCCCGGAGGAGCAACGGCUGUUCCGGCUCUACGGAAAGCUGCCGAGCCGGUCUGACCACUUUGCCAAGCAUCUCAAGGAGCGGAAGUACUUUGACAGCGGCGACUAUGCCAUGUCCAAGGCCGGUAAGGGCGAUGGCGUCGACACCGGCACCGUCGGCUCACAACAUCCGGUCCCUGAGAAGAUCCCCCACCUGUCUUCGCCUCCGGCUACAGGCCCAGGCGGCAAUGGUCAUAAUCACAGCUUAGCUGGAAAUGGAGGCAGCAGCGUAGGCGGCAUCACACUCGGCAUUCCUAGCGCAGCUGGACACCACCUGCAGGCUGGCAGCCCCGUCAAGGAGAGCAGCUUUUUGAACCGCGAGACGAGCGCGGCCGACUUGGAUACGGACGGCAACGCUGCAGGAGGGAGCGUAUCGGCGGCAAGACAGGUAAACCUGCCUGUCGGCCAGGGUCAUUCGGAGGCCAUUCCGAUUCGGCGAUAG